AUGUUCCUAGAUCUAGAAAUCAACGUUGCGGAGGUUCUUCCUCUGUACCAGUUGCUUAUGUCAGAGUAUCAAAACCCCGAUGCUGAGCCUUGCCUGUUUGACAAUGUCCGCAAGGCCUUUUUCAAUAUGAAGUACGGGUCUUUUGCCCGGAAACCCCCCGAAUAUCAGAGGAAUUUUAUAGAGAACGAGCUCAAGCUGCGGCAAGUCGACGCUGGCCGGGAUUUCCUGGAAACAAUGAUCAAUGUACCCAUUUUCCCGGCUUUUCCGAGAAGGAUGCACAAGCGUUUCCAGUGGAAGAGACGCGGGCUCACGACUCUCGAGCAGCGUAGCCGCGUUGCCCUCGAGGCAUCGCUGCUCUACUCAUGGAUCUCUUGCUUCCAUCUCUUCUGCCAGGAGGGGUCUGAGACUGUGUUUGAGAUCAUGAUGAGGGAUAGCGCGCCGCAUGAUUUCUCGACAUGGAAGACGAACUGCCCUCAAAUCGCAAUUGAUGAGUUGGGUCUAGACGGAACAAUUCGGGAGUUUACGAUUGUCUGA